GCGCGUUUCCGGCUUGAAAAACCGUCGCGUUUUUGAGGAGACACCUAAGCUGAGAGUUACCACCGCAGUAGAAGCCUCCGGAUCUGCCACUUCCAUCACCGGCGUAACCAUGGGAGCUGUGCUGGGUGUCUUCUCCCUGGCCAGCUGGGUUCCAUGCCUUUGUGGUGGUGCAUCCUGUUUGCUGUGUAGUUGCUGUCCCAACAGUAAGAAUUCCACUGUGACUCGCCUCAUUUAUGCUUUUAUUCUCUUCCUGGGCACUCUUUCAUCCUGCAUCAUGCUAACGGAAGGAAUGGAAAGUCAGUUGAAGAAGAUUCCUGGAUUCUGUGAAGGGGGAUUUAAAAUCAAGUUGCCUGAUACAAAUGCAGAUAAAGAUUGUAAUGUGCAGGUCGGUUAUAAAGCUGUAUAUCGGAUCAGCUUUGCCUUGGCCACCUUCUUCUUUGCCUUUUAUCUGCUCAUGUUAAAAGUAAAAACGAGUAAAGAUCCCAGAGCAGCCAUACACAAUGGGUUUUGGUUCUUCAAAAUUGCUGCCAUUGUUGGUAUCAUGGUUGGAUCUUUCUACAUUCCUGGGGGCUAUUUCACCACAGUCUGGUUUGGUAUUGGCAUGUUUGGGGCCUUCCUCUUCAUCCUGAUCCAGCUGGUGCUGUUGGUAGACUUGGCUCACUCUUUGAAUGAAUCAUGUGUAAAUCGAAUGGAAGAAGGAAACCCAAGGUGCUGGUAUGCUGUUUUACUAUCUGUCACAAGUGUCCUGUAUACCCUUUCAAUCAUCUUUGUCGGUUUGCUUUAUGCAUACUACACCAGACCAGAUGGCUGCACAGAAAACAAGUUCUUCAUCAGUAUUAAUCUGAUCCUUUGUGUUGUGGUUUCUAUUAUAUCAAUCCAUCCAAAAAUUCAGGAACACCACCCUCGUUCUGGCCUCCUGCAGUCCUCUAUCAUCACUAUCUACACCAUAUACCUUACAUGGUCGGCCCUGACCAAUGAGCCUGAUCAUUCCUGCAACCCAAGCCUGUGGAGCAUCAUUACACACCUGACUGCACCAACCUUGGCUCCUGCCAAUUCAACUGCUGUGGUCCCUACCUCUGCUCCACCAUCACAGGGUGGGCACAUUCUGGAGAGUGGAAACUUCAUUGGGCUGUUACUCUUUGUUCUCUGCCUUUUGUAUUCUAGCAUCCGCACUUCCACAAAUAGCCAAGUAAGUAAGCUGACCCUGUCAGGAAGUGAAAGUGUGAUCCUCCGUGAUACACCUACCAGUGGUGCCGGUGAUGAAGAAGAUGGACAGCCUCGGCGGGCUUUGGACAAUGAGAAAGAGGGAGUUCAGUACAGCUACUCUAUGUUCCACUUGAUGCUGUGCCUGGCUUCUUUGUACAUCAUGAUGACCGUGACCGGCUGGUACAGCCCUGAUGCAGAGUUCCAGAAUGUGACCAGCAAGUGGCCAGCUGUGUGGGUCAAGGUGAGCUCCAGCUGGGUCUGCCUCCUCCUCUACGUCUGGACCCUUGUGGCUCCAGUUGUCCUCACCAAUCGAGACUUCAGCUGAACCUCUGAGUGCCAGGGACACCACUGAAAUUCAUGAAGGUUUCCUUUGCUGAAAGCCCUUUUACUGUCGCUUCAACUAAAAUAAUAAGUGAAUGCUUUGCAUAUUGGACUGUAUCCAGGUUUAUAUCUGAAGGCAAGAUUGAAUUAUGAUUGAUGCAGUAUCUGAACUUUUCAUUUACAUGUACAUUAUGUUUAUUUUUAACGAUAUAGUGCAAAGGGAAAAUUUUUACAUUGUAAAGUGAACAACAGCUGUGCUGUGAAGAGAGUUCUUUAUUAAGACCUGUAGGUUCCUACAACUUUGAUUUAAAAUGUAAGAUAGAAAAAUACUGGAUAUUUGAGGCCAUCGUUAAUAUAUUUCUAUUGCAGUAUCCUUAAAGAG